AUGGCAGCUAGUUGGGCUGUCAAGUACAUCUGCAGAGCCAAACAAGCUUGUACUGAGUUCACUGGUUCUUCUACUUGGCUCACUUCUGCAAAAUACUACAUUAAAGACAACUACAAGUUGAUGAGAGGUUCUAGAGACAAGAUUAGAUGGAACAUGUUUGUCUGGAACAGAUUUUCUAUGCCCAAACACAGAAUCAUAUGCUGGCUAGCUUUACAAGACAGAUUGAAAACCAAAGCAAGGUUGUUCCCCUUAGGCAUUGGUGUUGAUAACCUGUGUGGCCUUUGUGGCUCACAUCCAGAGAUUGGAGCUCAUUUAUUUUUUGAGUGCAAGUAUAGUAUUGAUUGCUGCACUGCUAUUAUGCACUGGCUAGGUUUUAGAACCUACAGGUCAUCCCUUAUCUCCCUCUUCCAGUGGGUUAGAAGAUAUUGCACUUCUGGGUUCAAAAGAAAAGUCACUUAUGCAGUGAUUACUGGGGUGGUUUACUUCAUCUGGAAAGCUAGGAACUCUUCUAUUUGGAAAGGGUCUGUCCCUACUGUCAAACACACUGUACAACACAUUCAGUUUUGUGUAAAAAAUAGAGUUAGUAAACUCAUAGGAAAGAAGAUUAGCACUAGUGAAGCUCAUUGGUUUGCUAGCUUGUAA